AUGGCUACAGUGCUCAUAUACCGAAGAUUUCCAAGGCUGAGCAGGGUGAUUGCCUUUUCGACUACAGCCAAGCGCCAGGCCGAGAGCGGAAGCAACGAAAAUAACCAAAAAAAGGCAAAGAACCCAGAAACAACCAACACUGGAACCGAAUCUGCGGCUACAAUCCAGCUGCUGGAUCCACUGGACUAUCGAGUAUUGUAUAACCCAUCUGCCUACACCAAAAGCAGAGCUGCCUCCCAGCAGCAGGCUGCCAGGAGCAGUGCCCAGGCUCUCGGUGACGCUUUCACCAGCCCUGGCACCGCAGAGGUUCAGCAUCCAUUCGGUUCAGCCUCUUCUCAAGCUUUGCCACCCGUUAGAAAUGUCCAACCCAAGCCCAAGAAGCCCAACCCGCUCCUCCUCGAGCGGAGCAUCUCAACACCUUCCUCUGCAGCACAAACCCAGGAGGAGAUAGGAAAGGGAAAAAAAGAGAUGCAUGACUCCAAGGAGGACCCUCGGGUGUUUCAGAAGGGGAGGCCUGAAUACAGAUCUGUCAGCUAUGACAGCUCUGAGCCCAUGGAGGCUCUUCCUUUAGAAGAAGGUGACUCCAUUUUACGCAGCGUGGCCGUAUGCAAGGGCAGCCAGAGCCCAGGAACUCUCAGAGAUUAUUUCAGCCAGCUGAGCCGUUUGCCAGCGGAACAACACCCAGCCUUGUUGGCCGAACCCAGGUUCAACACCCUGUGUCGUUCUGCUGUCAGAAACAUCGGGUUGUUCAGCUCUUCAGAACUCAUUGAUAUUUUAAAAGCUUGUGUUCGUUUGGUCCUUCCACCCACCCACCCUCUGCUGAACGCCUGCGAGAAGGAAUUCUGCCGGCGGGGGGGGGGCAUGGCACUGCUGGUGGCUGAUUGCUGGCGCUGCCUGGAGCGCAACGUCCCUUCCUUCCUCAGCAUUUUAUUCAGCUAUGCCAACAUGCACUGGAGAGAUCUCACCUUGCCACAGUUUGUUCAGCUUGUUUAUAUCAUAGGUGAAGGCCGGAGGUCACCUGUGGACUUGAUGCAGAAGGUAGAGAGCAUGAUUUUGAAGUACUUGGACUCCUUCACCUUGGAGGAGGUGGGUGCUAUCUGUUUAGGGCUCUUCAAAUCCCUCAGUGGUAUCUCAGACAACGUCAUGAGAAGAAUUGCAGACAGAGUCUCCUUGCAGAUGGAAGAGAUGAGCACUUACGCUUUGGUGAACGUGCUUAAAAUGCUCCGCUACGCUCGCAUGGAUCACUUACCCCUCUUGAAGGAACUUGGGAAGGUUGUUCCCUCUCGGAUUCCUGAAAUAAACAUCCAGGGUAUCAUGCACAUCACUCUUACCUGUUCAUCCCUACACUACUUUGACGAAGGUGUGAUGGCUGCUGUAGCCUUGUCUUUGCCUUCUAAAGUGAUUUACUGCCGAAGUAAAGAUGCUGCCAAGUUCUUGUGGUCGUUUGGAUGCCUGGAUUAUGAACCUCCCAACGAGGAAGAGUUUUAUUCCAGCUUGAUAGAGCAGAUGCAUAGGAAACUACAUGAAUUUAAGAAGUUUCCAGAACAUCUCCUUACUGGUUUACUUGGGCUGGCAUUUGUCAAACGCUUCCCAGAGGAGCUGAUAGAUUAUGCUUUGAGGGAUGAGUUUGUCCGGAAAACAAGAGGUAGUAAAUACGAGCUCAGAAAGGAUCUGUUCACCCUUAGUAAGAGUGUUGAAAUUGAAUGCCCAAGCUACCAAGGCAGCCACCUUCCACCUCAGCUUUAUCAAGAGAUGACUGAAAUGGUUUUAAAUUUUGCAGAGCAAGAAAUUUAUGUCAGGCCUGAAAUUGUGGAAGCUUCCUCUCUUCUUGAGAACAUGUUAGGUGGGCCCGAGUAUGUGAAAAACCACAUGAUCCUGCCUCACACCAGAUCGAGUGAUCUGGAGGUUCACUUGACCAUGGAUGGACGUCCCAUCCCUUUCAACUUCAAAGAAUCUAUUGCAGAUAAGAAACUAAAAGACCUGGGUGUUAGUUUAACAGAUGAGUUAAUGACUCAGCUUAUCAAAGGGAGAUCUAAUAGCCAGUCUCCUAUGAAAGUGGAAAAUGAAGCCAGGAUUCCGGAUCAGGAGAGAGGGGAAGAAACACAAACACCCUGUGUGGUGGAUCGUGCUGCCCUUUCAGGUGCAGCUCUUACUGCAGAUGCCAGAUUGCAACUUGAGCCUAAAUUGGGGCGCAUUCUUGAAGCCCCCCCAUCCCUGACACUGAAUCAGCACCUUCCUGGGGUGAAACUUGCUAUUCAGGUGUCCAACCGAAACCACUACUGCUUCUGCUCCAAGCGACUGCUGGGGCUGCACCGCCUGAAACGGCGACAGCUUCAGCUCCUGGGCUACGUGGUGGUGGAGCUGCCCUUCUGGGACUGGUUCCCUCUGCUCAAGCGCACGCGUUUGGAGAAGCUCAGCUACCUCCAUUACAAGGUGUUUGACCCAGCACUGCUCAGCAGGGCCAGUUAA